AUGGAAAAUGCGCUCGUUUCAAUCGUUAUGGAGAAACUUGGAAAGCCACUUGUUUCAAUGGCUAUGAAGAAACUUGAAAAAGAGGUGAGAUUAAUUGUUGGUGCCAAAGUAGAACUUACAAAGCUAUCUUCAACGUUCAAAUCCAUUCAAGCAGUUCUUAAUGAUGCAGAGAGAAAGCAAAUUACUGACAAAAGCGUGCGAGAUUGGUUAGAGAAGCUCAAAGAUGUGGCCUACGAUAUGGACGACGUGCUAGACGAGUUGAUUCUAUCAGCAGAAGAAACCGAACCAGGGACUGACGUCGGCAACCAUCCACGUUUUGGAAACCAGUUGUGGGCGUGCUUAUUUUCACUCUUUUCCUGCUGUGGUUUAGAAGAGUUGAUAAGGUUGGCCCAUGAAUCAAGGACAAAUGGCGACCAAACUGAUGAUGGUGGCAUCAGAGGUAGUGCGCUUGAUUUCCUGCCGACAUUUCUCAGUAAAGUCGAAUCACAGCGUGAUUUAGCUCAUCAGAUAAAAGAAAUAAAGGAGAGGUUAGAUCAGAUUGCAGAUGAAAAGAAUAAGUACGGUUUUAGGGAGAACAGUUCCGGUGGAGAAAAAAAGGAGAGGUUAAAUCAGACAAGUUUGCUCGUAGACAAAUCGAAGAUGUUUGGGAGGGAAGAAGACAUAAAUAUCUUAAUAAGCAAGUUGGUAAGCGGGAGCAGUUGUGAGGAGGAACGGAUUCAUGUCAUUUCGAUCGUAGGCAUUGGCGGUUUGGGGAAGACGACUCUUGCUCAAUUGAUCUGCAAUGAUGUGAAAGGGCUUACCAAAGCAAUUAUACAAGAUGCAGAACGGGAAAAUACUCCGCUUACUGAGCUAAACCCAUUGCAAAAUAAGCUUCUCGAGACAUUACAAGGAAAACGGUUCUUGCUUGUCCUUGAUGAUGUGUGGAACGAUAAUAGUGACAAGUGGGAUGAACUAUGGCUUUCCUUCCAAAGCGGUGCUCCUGGAAGUAAAAUUUUGGUCACCACCCGCAGCAAGAAGGUUGCAAAUACAUGCAUGCCGUCCGCUUGCAUGCAUGAAUUGAAAGCUUUAUCCGAUGAUGAUUGCUGGACACUGUUCAGUAGCAGAGCUUUCUCUGGGAGGAAAGUGGAAGACUGCCUGGAAAAGAUCGGAAGAGAGAUAGUCAAGAAGUGUAAAGGAGUGCCUCUUUCAGCAAAGGUAAUGGGAAGUGCGAUGCGUUCGAAGACGUCCACACAAGAUUGGCAGAAUAUCUUGGAAAGCCGAACAUGGGAAAUACCAGACAUCGCGAAUGGUAUCUUACCAGCUUUGUUGCUGAGCUAUUAUAAUCUGCCUCUCCAUUUGAAGCCGAGUUUUGCAUAUUGUUCAAUAUUUCCGAAAGAUCAUAAGAUGGAGAAGGAUAGAUUGGUUCAGUUGUGGUUAGCUCAGGGUUUCAUCAAGCCGCAGGGAAGAAGAGAGAUGGAAGCAAUUGGGGGAGAGUAA